ACGCCUGAAGAAGCUUAAGACCGGGUCCAGUUCUUGAUAGAGAAGCCAAGAAGUCCGCGAAUUAUAUAUUAUAUGUCAGCAACAACACCCGUCGGUCAUACGGAUCAGGUCAUCCGUACUCGAACAUGGCGUCAGUCCAUACCCCUAGAAAGCCAUGCAAGUCGCCUUUCACCGUCUCAGCUCCGUAGCAAGGUCACUAUCAACCACCCCUCGUAAUAUGUCUACUGUACAUACGUCCAAGCCCAAGCCUUUUGUUCUAUACACCGCUGGAACUCCAAACGGACGCAAAGUUAGUGUUUUUCUCGAAGAGCUUAGAGCAGUUUAUGGAGAAAAGGUCGAUUAUGACGUCCAGAAAAUAAACAUCUCACGCAACGACCAAAAAGAGCCCUGGUUCAUCAAGUUGAACCCAAACGGGCGAAUCCCAGUGCUCGUCGACCGCGCACGGGAAGAUUUCGUGGUGUUUGAGACAGCUGCUAUUCUGCUGUAUCUCGAACAGCAUUAUGACCCGGAGAGGAAGCUUGGGUUCGACCCUGUGUCGCAGCCGAAUGAGUACAGCGAGAUGCUUCAGUGGAUGUUGUGGGCACAUGGAGGCGUUGGUCCUAUGCAGGGCCAAGCGAAUCAUUUCAAUAGGUUUGCACCCGAGGACAUUCCCUAUGCAAAGAAGCGCUAUAUCCUGGAAACAAAGCGCCUCUAUGGCGUGAUGGAGAUCCGCCUCACAGACCGUGAUUAUCUCGCUGGGCCCGGCCGGGGCGUCUAUAGCGCUGCAGAUAUCAACGUUUUCCCAUGGUUGGUCCCAUCUUUGAUUAAUGUUCAUCAAUUCGCGGGUAUCGAAUCUCUUGAUGAGUGGCCGAGCCUCGAGAUGUGGCUUGGUCGUAUCAAUGCGCGUAAGGCUGUUCAAGAUGGCCUUACUAUUCCGUAAUGGACUCGUAGCACUGAGUCUGGAAUCUAGCAUAAGCGUUUAGUAAAUGAUCUCUUCUCGCAUUUGUAUUUUUGCAGUUAUUGCAAGAUGGUACUUAUUGGUUUUAACGUGUCAGCAGGUGAAGACGAGCAUCCAGAUUUGGCUUUCUCCUCGUUCUAUUUGAAGCGCCCGAUACUGUGUAAAGCUUAAGUGCUUGGACAAGUUCAGUCAAUGGCGACGUAAUACCACCACACCUGCAUGUCAGGUCAUCGGACCGUCUUUCUUGGAUCUCACACUACGGGAUGCACGGUAACACCACGCUAAUCAGUUAAGAAAGCAAGAUACCCGCGGGCAGAUGCCAUUUCUCUUCAUUUGAACAUUUGGACUAGUAA